AGCAAAGCAAGAGAGCGCGAGAGGAGAAGCAGCAAUCAAGAGGUCGGGGGUGAGAAGGCACCAUGGCCGACGACGACGACGUCAACCUCGGGCAGGCCGUCGCCGUCGUGGCCGUGGGCAGCGUCUCCAUGCUCGUCGUCGUCGGCGUGAGCUUCUGGGCCAUGGAGGCCUACGUCAGCGGCCGGCUGGCGAGGGGCUGGCGGUGGCUCCGGGUCAGGGCGCUCGGCGGCGUGACGACCCUGCGGCGGGAGCUGAGCUACAACUGUGCCAUGUGCCAGUACAGCUUGGCGGCCCACGAGGAGGUCCGCACCCUCUCCUGCAACCACGUGUUCCACUGCCGCGAGAGCGACAAGUGCAGGAACGUCAUCGACAGGUGGCUUGUCCAGGAGAGCAUGAUCUGCCCCAUCUGCCGCAGGAUUCCUCUCCCCGUGUUGCCGUGGAAGGCGCGGCCGCCGCUGUCGCCGGCGCCGUCGGGUUCAGCGGAGCCACCAAUGCCGGUGUCGUCGUCGGGGUUGGAGGAGAAUCCGCCGCCGAUAUCAUCCCCGGGAUCGGAGGAGCCGUCGCCGGGGUUGGAGGAUCCAUUACUGCAGUCAUCGCAGUAG